UUGUUUAGUUCUAUUUUGUUGCUGUAAUUUUUGGUCAGGUUUUGUUUCUAAGUCUAUUGAAAAAAUGGCUGAAGAGCCAAAGAAAUCUAAAGCUCCUGCUGACAAAGUUGAAGUCGUCCUGGAUUAUGAGGCACUAAAACACUUAGACAUAGCAAAAGAUCAACUCAAAAUGUUGAAACAAAUCUUCGACUCUUUUGAUGUUGACAAGAAGGGUGAAAUUAACGUUGACAUGAUUGGACAAAUUCUAGAUAUGUUAGGGCAUCAACAAACACCUGAAGAGCUCAGUAAAAUUAUUAAAGAAAUUGAUGAAGACGGCAAUGGAGUGAUGAGUUUUGAAGAGUUUGCUCAUCUGGCAGCUAGAUUCUUAGUUGAAGAGGAAGAAGAUGUUGAAGCUAUUCUUAGGGAGUUGAAAGACGCGUUCAGGUUGUACGAUAAAGAAGGUUUAGGUUACAUAUCAGUGGAUUUGCUAAGAGACAUAUUGAAAGAAUUAGACGAUAAGCUUACUCCUGCUGAUUUGAAUGAAAUGAUCAAGGAAAUUGACACUGACAACUCAGGAACUGUAGAUUGGGAAGAAUUCAAAGCUAUGAUGAUUGGUUAGAAUCUAAACUAAUGGAGUUAUGAAGACUAUGACAAAGAAAUAAAAAUAUCUAUUUUUGUAAUAAUAUACAUUAUUUUUAAAUUUUCCGAUAGUACAUAUAAUAAUAGUUCCUAUAUUUUUGGUACUUAUUAUCAAGAAGAACUUAUAUUAAUCAGAAAUAAA